CACAACGCCCAAGCCUUCUAUAUUAUUCAGGAACAGUCCUUCAAAGUUGCAUAAAAAAUGUCUAGUUUGAUUUGGAUCGCUAUAGUUGGUGUGAUUUACAUUCACUUUGCAUCAUCUCAAGUCUGCAGUCCUAGCGUUCCACGACUUUCGAAUGGAGGUUUCAGAUGUCGAUAUAUGGGAAGGACAUGUAUGGCUGGCAAUUACUAUUGCAACACUGGAUACAAAUUACAAGGAAGGGUCUAUGACGCGUGCUUUCACGGAAGGUGGUUAUCUCGUAGAGAUACAAGAUGUGUAGAAGGUGAAGUUUGCACGCCUAUCUUUCCCAUGCGACCAUCGAACGGAGGUUUCAGUUGUCGCUAUGUGAACAAUGCAUGUAUGUCUGGCACCUACUUUUGCGAUCACGGAUACAAACUACGAGGAAUAAACUACAACGUGUGCUUUAACCGUCAAGGGUGGCUUUUUGAAUCACCAAGCUGUGUAAAAGACGGCUGUGACCCCCCCACUUACAGAGGGCAAAAAAGAAUAAGCAAUGGAACCUACAUGCCAGUGCAGGAAACUUACAACACAAGCUCGGUCAUUACAGUGACGUGCAAUACUGGUUACAAGCCACGAAACAGAAAUAGCUACUGCACGCACUACGAAUCCCAAUAUUAUUGGAGUCCAAGUAUAGCCUGCGACGGUGAAGUGAAGUGCAACCCACCGACUUUGGCGCAUGCAAACUACAGCCCGCGUGAAUCAAACUACAGCGUAAACUCAACAAUUACAGUAAAGUGUAUCCCUGGUUUCAUGCUUCGUGGUACCCCGCAAAGUUACUGUCGGGGUGACCGAUUUUUUACCUAUUGGAGUCCAACACCAACCUGUACAAGGAUACGUUGUAGCUCCCCUCCGCGGCUAACUAACGGAUAUAGGACACCAUCGUGGAGUUAUUUUUGGAGAGUAAAUUCGACAGUGACAUACGAGUGCAACAGUGGAUUUAAACUUAUUGGAGAAAACUCGUCAAGUUGUCAAGAAUGUGAAGAUACGAGUGGGUGUAUAGGGGGCGGACAGUGGGACAACGUUGUCCCAACAUGCAUAAGAAAAGUGGCGUGCGACCCACCGAGUGUGCGGAAUGGAAACUACAGUCCACAUAGAUCAGAAUACAACAGCAACUCAGCCAUUACCAUAACGUGCAAUGCUGGUUACACGGCCCGAGACCAACGUAGUAGGUGUGCGGAAUAUCUUGGUUAUUCUUGGAGUCCAGAUCCAGUAUGCGAGCGCGCAGUGUCGUGCGAUCCACCAACUGUGCUGAAUGGAUACCACUACGGCCGUAGACAAAGGUACAAUCGAAACUCAGUCAUUACAGUGUAUUGUGAUAUUGGUUACUUUCCUUCACGCACACGGAUUACCUGUCAGAGGACACCUAGUUUGGUUUAUUAUUGGGAUCCAAGUCCAAACUGCACCCAAUCUGUAAUAGAAGAAGUUACUACAAGCGGUGGAGACGCUUGAUCAACAUUAACCGCAAGAAUCGUCUUCAAUAAACCAACACAGCAUUCACAUUAUUAGUGUAUAUACAACGUAUAAUGUCAUCCAGCGCUUAUCAUUGUUUACUUCAACUAUAAUAAAUCACCAUGA